CUAUUCUGUUGCUGGAUUCGUAGUUUUGAAGAUCGGCGCCUGAACACGCGAAAAACAAUACACGCGGUUGUUUACUCAAUUUUACAUAGAAUUAAGACACAGCACUUUAAGAAAUGUUUUAUCACAUCUCUUUGGAGCAUGAGAUUCUCCUCCACCCAAGAUAUUUUGGACCAAACCUUUUAAACACGGUCAAACAGAAACUGUUCACAGAGGUGGAGGGAACUUGCACUGGAAAGUAUGGCUUUGUUAUCGCAGUAACCACAAUCGAUAAUAUUGGAGCUGGUGUUAUACAGCCUGGCAGAGGUUUUGUCCUGUACCCUGUCAAAUACAAAGCUAUCGUAUUCCGUCCCUUCAAGGGAGAGGUGGUGGAUGCGGUUGUCACUCAGGUUAAUAAAGUUGGACUAUUUACUGAAAUUGGCCCAAUGUCCUGUUUCAUUUCUCGACAUUCCAUUCCCUCUGAGAUGGAGUUUGACCCAAACUCAAAUCCUCCCUGCUAUAAAACGGUUGAUGAGGACAUUGUGAUCCAACAAGAUGAUGAAAUACGACUAAAGAUUGUGGGAACUCGAGUGGAUAAGAAUGAUAUUUUUGCCAUUGGAUCGCUUAUGGAUGACUACCUGGGUCUUGUCAGCUGAUUCUCCUGCCAAGGAUAUGGAAAAUAUGAACGCUGUGGUGAUGCAUCAUAGUUGUUUAUGUAUAUACUAUAAUUAUUUUCCCCUGAAGUGAUGUAAAUCUUUUUUUUUCUUCUAUAUUAUCAACUUUUAUCCCCUCAUGUAUCUCCAGUUGUCCCACGGGAACAUGUCACUUGUGGAAAAGAUUCAGAUAGAAUGUGAACUAUAUGUAGGUCAGCAGUGGCUUAACAUGUGUGGAGACUGUUAAAAAUAAACUGUUUAAGAGUGAGGCAGCAAAGAAAGCUGCACGUGUCAGUAGCGCUUUCAAUUAUUGAAAGAUCCUGUUAGCAAAACCACAAGACAAGGAUGUUUUUGAUGGACAAUAUAAUCAUUCAACACAUUGCUUUUAGAGCAAUCAAUAUCCUUACUAUAUUAGAUAGUUUUUAAAAUGCUUUUGUAAACUUCAAUAAAUAUAUUUUUUUUGUAUUUCACUUCAGUAAUACAGUACUCACAAAAUGUU